UCUCCAAAAAUAAUGAACAUGUCAUUCCCAUACACUUUAUUAGUAUUAUUACACUGGAUCCUUUUCGCGACGUAUAUACUUAGCCGUCCCCGGCUCACAAUAGCCGGGAACAACGACACAGACCGGCUAGCAUUGCUCGAAAUCAAAGCCAAAAUAACAAACGAUCCAUUGGGUGUUAUGAACUCAUGGAAUAACACCAACCACUUUUGUGACUGGUACGGGGUUACUUGUGACCGUCGUAGGCACGAGAGAGUAACGACACUCGACUUGCAUUCCGUACAACUUUCAGGUACCAUAUCUCCCCAUCUUGGUAAUUUGAGCUUCUUAAGGGUGUUGUACCUUCAAAAUAAUAGUUUCGGGGGUACAAUACCGGCGGAAAUUAGUCGUUUACAGAGGAUGCAAAUUUUGUGGUUGUAUAAUAAUUCCAUUUCAGGAGAAAUUCCAUCAAAUCUAUCAACUUGUUAUAGACUGAUAGAUAUAAGCCUUGACGCAAAUAGGUUAGUCGGAGGAAUUCCACCUAUACUUGGUUCCCUGUCACGUUUGCAGUUUCUUAUUCUGUCGGCAAACAACUUGACAGGGAACAUUCCUUCAUCUUUGGGGAACUUAUCGUCACUUUCUUCGCUCUAUGUCGGUGAAAACAACUUGUUAGGAAGGAUCCCAUUUAGUGUAGGCAAACUCAAGAACCUUGCUAUUUUAGGAUUACAAUACAAUAAGUUUUCUGGAAUAGUACCACCCUCAAUCUUUAACCUUUCAUUAUUAACAACCAUAGAUUUAGGACAUAAUGACUUAGUAGGAAACCUUCCUCUCGAUUUAGGUAACACUUUGCCAAAUCUUGAGUGGUUUUCUAUAUCCGAUAAUCGAUUCGUUGGAGAAAUCCCAGCAUCAAUCUCCAAUUCCUCAAAUCUUCAAGUUGUCCAAUUGAAUAAAAACAAUCUUCAAGGAGAGGUUCCUUCUCUGCACAAGUUAGUAAGGCUUACUCGCCUCGGCCUCUAUAAUAACUCACUUGGGAAUAAUGGGCUAGUUCAAGAUUUGAAAUUUGUUUCUUCUUUGAUCAAUGCCACAAAUUUACAAUCACUAGAGAUAAGUCAAAAUCAUUUCACAGGAAUUUUUCCUACCACUAUUUGCAACUUCUCAUCACUUACUUAUAUGGUAUUAAGCGAAAACAACAUAUUUGGAGAGGUACCAAAUUGCAUUGGACAAGUAGCAAACUUGCAAUAUUUUUCUGCUGAUCAAAAUGCACUUUCUGGAGUCAUUCCCCAAGGAAUAGGGAAGCUCCAAAACCUCAACUUUCUAAAUCUACGCGAUAACCAAUUAUCCGGAGUCAUUCCAACCUCGAUUGGAAACUUAACAAAGUUGUCUGUUAUUGCUCUGUCUAGUAAUAGUCUUCAAGGCCAAAUACCUUCAGCUUUUGGAAAUUGUAGGUUGUUAAUAGGAUUAGAUCUUUCUAAUAACCAUCUUAGUGGUAGGAUACCGUCACAACUUUUUAGUCUUCCUACUUUGUCCUUGGUGCUAAAUUUAUCUGGAAACCACCUAACCGGAUCCCUCCCUGAAGAAGUUGGACAACUGAAUGAUCUUGACGGCUUUGAUGUUUCGCGUAACAUGCUAACAGGUCAGAUACCGAGUUCUCUUGGUGGUUGUGUCUCGUUAGAGUUCCUAUACAUGCAGGAAAAUAGUUUCCAUGGCAUCAUUCCUAAUGCAUUGCAGGCAUUAAAGGGACUCCUUUGGUUAAAUUUGUCAUACAACAAUUUAUCUGGUGAAAUCCCAAAAUUUUUAGCGAGGUUUCAGUUACAAGGUCUAGAUUUAUCACACAAUAACCUUCAAGGCGAAGUUCCCAUUGAUGGAGUCUUUAGCAAUGCAAGUAUUGUUGUAAUAACUGGAAACAAUAUGAUGUGCGGAGGAAUAUCUGAGUUAAAGUUGCCUCACUGCAAUAUAAGCCGCAAUACCCACAAAAGAAAGGCGGUGCAGAAGAAGAAGAAGAAGAUAUUACAAGUUGCAGUUCUUUCUGGGUUGUGUGGAGUUAUUUUGUUAAUGGCUUUACUUUUCUCAUUAUAUAUUUUCAGCAAGAGAAAGAGGAACUCGAAUAAGGAAACUAUAGCUACUGAUGUUUCGGAAAUUUUUCCAAAUUUGUCUUACCAAACCCUUGUUAAAGCCACAAAUGACUUCUCCUCGGAAAAUUUGAUUGGAAGUGGUGCAUUUGGGGUUGUAUACCAGGGAACUCUUGAUGAGAAUGAACCAAUUGUUGCCAUCAAGGUAUUUAACCUACAGUAUCGCGGUGCUUUGAGGAGUUUUAUGGCUGAAUGUGAGGUUCUCCGAAGCAUAAGACAUCGAAAUCUGGUUAAGGUGAUAACAGCUUGUUCAAGUGUUGAUUAUCAAGGAAGAGAUUUUAAGGCUUUGAUUUACGAGUACAUGGAAAAUGGGAGUUUGGAAGAUUGGUUGCAUCCAUCAGAAACAAACAGUACGGUUGAUGGCACAGAAAUUGUCUCAAAAAAGUUGAAUUUUCGACAAAGAGUUGAUAUAGCAGUUGAUGUAGCAAUAGCUUUGGAUUAUCUUCACCACCAUUGUGGUGAUUCCAUUGUUCAUUGUGACCUCAAGCCAAGCAAUGUUCUCCUUGAUGAUGAAAUGGUUGCACAUGUCAGUGACUUUGGACUAGCCAAGUUUCUCCUACAAGACAUCCUCAACUCUCAUGCUAAUCAGUCCAGCUCUAUUGGAGUCAGAGGAACAAUCGGCUACGCUCCUCCAGAAUAUGGUUUGGGAAACGAAGUGUCUACUUGGGGAGAUGUCUAUAGUUUUGGGAUUCUUCUACUAGAAAUGUUUACAGGAAAGAGGCCUACAAAUGACAUGUUCAACGGAGAUCUAAGCCUACAUAGGUUUGUGGAAAAUUCUCUACCUCAACAAGUGACAGAGAUUAUAGAUCGUGUUCUUCUAGAAGACAUAGGUGAAGUGGAAGCUGAAAAAAGCAAGAUGAUGAUGGUGGAGUCAUUGAUUUCCAUACUUGAAAUCGCUGUUUCAUGCUCAUCUGAGAUUCCGCAAGAGAGGUUGGACAUGAGUGGUGUUGCUGGUAAGCUAUCGUCAAUUAGACAAAAGCUCCUUGGAACUCGUUUACAGCAACGUAGAAGAAUUCAAGCUGGUACACGAAGGUGAUCGAUGUUUGACCAAGUUUAUUAUCUUAUGAUCGAUUAACUCGUGAUGUAGUGGGAUGAAGAAUAAGAUGUGCCUAUAUGCUCUAGUUAUGGAUUUCAGAAAGCCAUUUAAGUUUUUACUAGUGUAAUUUAUAGUAUAUAUUAGUUAUAUCAUGUUUUUUCCUGAAUGUUCACAUCUCAUUUAUGUCUGAAUUUCUGAUAAUAUAAGCAAUGCAUCAAA